UAUAAAUACGUGAACCAAAGAAUAGGAAUAAAAGCAACAACGUCACCCAAAUCUCUCUCUCACCUAAUUUGUGUUUCUUUCAUUUUAUUUCUUUGUUAGAAGGUUAUAAUUUGUGUUUCUUGGUUUGGUCAGAAUCUUCAAGAAAUUACUGAAACAAAAGAAUAUGGAUUCUAGUUGCAUAGAAGAGAUAAGUUCAUCCACUUCGGAAUCUUUCUCCACCACCACAGCCAAGAAACUCUCUCCUCCUCCUCCUCCUCCUCCUCCGGCGACGGCGUUACGUCUUUACCGGAUGGGAAGCGGUGGAAGCAGCAUCGUGUUGGAUCCGGAUAACGGCGUGGAGACGGAGUCACGAAAGCUACCGUCGUCUAAAUACAAAGGCGUGGUUCCUCAGCCUAACGGAAGAUGGGGAGCUCAGAUUUACGAGAAGCACCAACGAGUAUGGCUCGGCACUUUCAACGAGCAAGAAGAAGCUGCUCGCUCCUACGACAUAGCCGCCCUUAGAUUCCGCGGCCGCGACGCCGUCGUCAACUUCAAGACCCUCCUCGAAGACGGCGAUUUAGCUUUUCUUGAAGUUCACUCAAAGGCAGAGAUCGUCGACAUGUUAAGGAAACACACUUACGCCGACGAGCUUGAACAAAACAACAAACGCCGUUUGUUUGUCUCCCUUGACGCCAACGGAACACAACGUAACGGAUCUAGUAUGGUAACAAACGACAACGUUUUGAAGACGCGUGAAGUGCUCUUCGAGAAAGCUGUAACGCCUAGCGACGUAGGGAAGCUGAACCGUCUCGUGAUACCUAAACAACACGCCGAGAAACACUUUCCGUUACCGUCAAAGUCACCGUCGUCAGUGACUAAAGGCGUUUUGAUAAACUUCGAAGACGUGAACGGCAAAGUGUGGAGGUUCCGUUACUCUUACUGGAACAGUAGUCAAAGUUACGUGUUGACCAAGGGAUGGAGUAGAUUCGUCAAGGAGAAGAAUCUCCGAGCCGGUGAUGUUGUUACUUUCGAGAGAUCGACCGGACUAGACCGGCAGCUUUAUAUCGAUUGGAAAGUUCGGUCUGGUCCGAGGGAAACACCGGUUCAGGUAGUGGUUAGGCUUUUCGGAGUUGAUAUCUUUAAUGUGAAUACUGUGAAGCCAAACGACGUUGUAGCCCUUUGCGGUAGAAAGAGAUCUCGAGAUGAUGCUGAUGACAUGUUUGGGUUACGGUGUUCUAAGAAGCAGGCCAUAAUCAAUGCUUUGUGACAUUUUUUUCUUCUUCUUCCAUUUUAUGUUUUUUCAUAUUUUUUUCUUUCUAGUUUUUAAUGUUUUGUAGGUUUGUGAUUCUUGCUAAGUUGUAUUUAGAAAAAGAGGACAAGAACCUUAAAAAAAAAAAAAAGUCGUAAAUAGAAUGCAUAGUUAUUGUCAAUU